UCAAAUAACGUUAAUUUUCAACUAUAAUUAAAAAAAUUUUUUUUUGGGAAAAAUCCUGAUUUUCCUGUUUGUAAAUUGAAAAGCAAUGGUUAGCCAACUGUUCACUGUACCACGGGUUUCCUUCAUUCUCACCGUUUGUAUAUUAUUCAGUUUGGCUUUAAACUUGAUCUACAACAAUCCUGAUGAAAAAUUCAGAAGAAAUUUGAGAAAGUAUGGCAGGAGAGACAUUCAAAAUUUUAUUGUGAGGAGUAUUCAAGUCCGGGAAAACUAUGGUCGGUGCGUUUUUCCCUAUACUCUUACAGAUGCGCAAGGGGUGUAUCAACCAGACAGGAAGACCACUUGCAAGAGGCGAAGUUGCAGAUCCAAAUCGGGUUGGGUCCUUUGCAGUGAAAAUAAAUGUUAUAUUCGUAAAUUAUUGACAGAAUCCAAGGGCAAGAUAGACUGUGUUUUCACAGAUAUAAUAAGGACUUCAGAUCGCAAAGUGGGUUACGGUAUCCCUCAUCGGAAUUUUCAGCAGUAUCUGCUAAAUUCUAGUGAUUUUGUGAAAGUUCAGUGCAAUGCUUCAAAUGGUGAUAGAUGGGCUGGAGAUGUUAUUGGAACUCGUCCUAUUCUCGUCCCUAAAUCGGCUGACGACAAGCCUAAAAAUGAUAAAUUUAAUGUUUUUAUUCUUAGUUUAGAUUCCUUAACAAAAACUGAUUUUCUACAAAAAUUACCGAAAACGUAUUGGUUUUUGAAGCAGCAAUUGGGUGCGGUGGAGUUCCGGGGCUUCAAUACCAUUGGGAAUAUUCGCUCUCAAAAUUUGAUUGGAAUGCUAACCGGGCAAACUGAACUUGAGCUCCCAGAAACGAGAAAAGCUAGUCCUAGAUCGUCUCAUCUUGAUGUUUACCCCAUGAUUUGGAAAACUUUCCGAAAUGACGGAUAUAUCACUGCCUUCAAUGAAGAUUCCAUUAGAGAAGGAGUUCUAAAUAGCCAACACAAAGACUUCCUGGAACAACCGACAGAUCAUUAUCUACAAACCUAUCUGACUGAGAAGAAACAAUACUUUAGCAACAGUACGGAAUGUUGUUUUUCCAAUUAUCAGAGGCACCAAAUUUUAUUUGAUUAUACCAGUAAGAUAUUAAGUGGAGAACGUAAUAAGUCUAAGUUUAUUCUCAAUGUUCAUGAUGUAACUAGUAGUGACAAUCUGUUUGUUUUGGACCACGAUAUUUUCAAUUUUCUGUUUGACCUUCAAGAAAAGGAAGCACUCUCCCGUACGAUUUUUAUUCUGGUCUCCAAUACAGACCAGCCACUCAAUCAGAAUAAUGUCCCAUUAGAGGAGAAGUUAAACCAGAGGAUCCUUUUCGCUAGUGUGGUGCUUCCUUUGCAAUUUCAGAAACAAUUUCCACAGGAAUAUUCGAAUUUUCAAAACAACACAAAUUCCCUGAUCACCUCCUUUGAUAUACAUGCCACCCUCGAGCAUGUGCUUCAACUCCAGAACAAUCAAAGUGAAGGACUUCGCAGCUGCAGGACGCGGUCAAUAUCGUUAUUCAAGCAAAUACCUCAUUAUCGUUCAUGCGCCCAUGCUCACAUUGAACCCCACUUGUGUUCUUGCCUGGGUGAAACACCGAUUAAUAUCAACAGAGUGAUCCUGAUGGGUGCCGAAAAUAUCGUCGAUACGGUGAACACAUUCUUAGAGCCCUAUUGGAAAUUUUGCCGCAGUGUUACGCUCUCUGGCGUUAUUGAUGCUGUCAAGCUAGCACCACAGAAAGCCCUCCUCCAAUACAAAAAACUGGAUGAUGUCAUUGGGUAUAUUCCAAACCUCAGUGGAAGCACAAUUGUUCGUAAUGAAUGGUAUCAAAUUCAAGUUGCAAUAAAUGCAUCAACAGAAGCUCAAUCUAUAAUUGAGGGAAUUGUCAGACAUGAUUUAUGGAAGGAUAUAUUUGAAACGAAAAUUAAAGACAUAGUUCUUAAGGAAGGCGGAAUUGGUCCUCAUUGUUUAGCAAAAGUCGGAAAGCCGAUGUUGAAAAAAUUAUGUAUUUGUAAAGAAAUAAAUUAAAUGAACUUAACUUUUAACAACUA